GAGUAGACUGCCAAUGGCCGAAGAACUGCGUAAACGUAACACCGAUUGUGUCUAUUUCUUGGCUUCACCUCUCACCUGCAAGAAGGUCAGCUUUUCUUGCUUAAAAUAAUCUAACCCCUUCUCAUACUUCUUCGAAUUUCCCCCCUUAAUGUUUACAUUCCUUCUCGAUAUGCUUCAACACCGAUGAAUUUGGGGCAUGAUUACGUUAUUUUAUCACGACUGUAAAGAUCUUGCUCAGCAUUUGAAGGGUUUUGAUUGUGAGUAUCGGCACAGCGAGAUUGUUAGGCUGAACCCUAGAGACUGUUACUACUGGCUGGCGGGAAACUGCCUAAAUGCAGCCUGUGGUUUUCGGCAUCCCCCACUGGAUGGUCCUGCUGGAAAAGUGUUAGAAUCUUCUCAAUGUUCUGUACCUGUGAACAAGACAAAUAUUCCCUGCUAUUUUUAUUUCAAUGGCUUCUGCGGUAAAGGUGAUACAUGCUCUUUUUUGCAUGGAAAUGAUCUUCCUGUUGCUGCAAGAUCUACAAAGGCAGGUUUUCCUAUUGGCAAUGGAUCUUCCUCUAAAGAUAAAACAGCUUCAGCAAACAAAAAAGGACUAACCUCUACAGAUGUAGAUGCCAUUCUUCAUCCAUCCAAAAAAGUAGCUGGUCCAACAAUUGAUGUGACAUCUCAACAUGAGAGUCUCCUUCAACCUUAUGCUGAAAAUGUUUCACAUCAAAGUCAAAGUACCUCUGCAAAGAUCUCGUUGCCUGAGUGUGUAAAAGUGGUUGUUGAUGAAACUGUCUCCUCAGGUCCAGCUGAAGGAUCUAAUGAUAGUACAUCUCUUGCACAUAUAACUGAAGAUCAGAGUUAUGAAGAGCAAAUGACUGACAGUGCUGAGGAAGAAAACCUAUGGGAAUCAUCCCCUGGCUUUGAUGUUGUUGUAGGCAAUGGGUCGGAGAAUUUGGAUAGUGUCGAUGAUCCAGAGUGUGUUCUUUCAACUGAUCAGGAGGAAAGAGAACUGGAUACCGAAUUAUACAGGGACAACUAUGAAGACCCUAUUGCAUAUGAGUCCAUGCAUUCUGAUUUAGAACUUCUUUAUGAGCGUGAGAUGCACUCAUAUGGCCAUUUAGAGAGUGAGCCUGUCCUUUUCAAGAACAUAAACAUUAUCAGCUGUUCGAGAGGGAAAUUUGUCAAUUCCAUGUUUUCUCAUAAGAGAAAGCUUGCAUUCAUGUAUCUAGAUUCAGAGGAAUGGAAUUGUGCAGGUCGUCGAAGUCAUCUGCCAAGAGUCAGUGUUUAUGGUAAUCGUUCGAUGAUUGGUUUAUCAAGAAGAAGAAAUGGACUGUCUUGUCAAAUGAGUAGAAACUCUCUGAAACCGCAUAAACAUGGUUUAUAUCAUCCGCCUCCUGGAAGAAGACUGGCAUUACAGAUUGGGAAGUUGUCGAGAGGAAAAUUUUCUGAAAAUUUAAUCUUUUCAAACGGUUGUAGUCGAUAUGAAUCUUUUAGGCAGUUAAGACAAUACAAACCCUGCAAGCAUUAUGACGAAUACAGAUUGGCCAGACGACAACAACCAUUGCUCAACAUGUCAAGAAAACCUGUUAUAAGGGAUCACAGAUUUAAUCCGAAGUCUAUUCCAUUUAAAGGACCAAAGUCCCUUUCUCAGAUCAAAGAAGAGAAGCGAAAAGUAGAAGGAAAUGGAGGAUUCUCCAGGGAAAAACGUCGUUCGGCCGGAUUUGCAUCAUUCUCAGCUGACUUUAGAGGGCCAAAGCCUUUGAGCGAUAUCCUGAAAGACAAAAGGAAGGUGGAGGAGCUCCUUAAGGAAAUGAAUACUUAGGUAAUAAAUUAGCUUAUGGUAGUAGCUAUUUUUGCAAAUCUAUCAUAUGCUAACUGUGAAUUGUCAAAAAAGAAAUUAGAUACUGUCUUUGAUUCCAGGUAGUGUAGGAGCCAGAAAUUAUAUCUUGUUUUAGUUAGAGAUAGCUGAACCAGAAGCUUAACUUGAUAGGGUCUUCCUCAUGUAUUUUUGACCCUCUCAAUGGUGUUGCUAUUCUUUACCAAGUCUUCAUUUAGCAUUUGAGAAUAUGCGCAUCGGGUCCUUAAAACUUCAGUAUUGAGUUCACCAUCAAAUGCAUUUAAACAAUAUGAUGA